GUGGAACAUCCGAUCUACAUGACAAAACUGGCCAAUGGCCAACGUGCAUUAUUGGCCUUCGCUUCUGUAAAUAUGUCGAUAUUUUAUAUGCACAAAAAGAAAUCUACAUUUUAAAAAGUCGAUACCUCUCUUGAAAGGUACUUCAGUCACAUUUGCAAUUGGUGUAAUUACUUGUUGCAGUCCGGAGUAAAUUGCUCACUUGUGACAUCAGUUACAGUGAGGUAAGAUGGGAGUGCCGUCAUAGAGUGGAGAGUCCAUGGAUCAAGAGGGUUAACAGAAGGUGGAAAAGAUGUCUUACAGUAAUAGGGAACUGGUGGUGUUUUUUAUAAACUAUAAACUGUCCCAGAGGAAUUAUUCCUGUUGUGAAUUGGAGCUGGAGGGUGCAAGUGGACGGACUGAGGGAGAAGAGGCUACUGCAAAUGGGUCUGUGGGGAAUGGCAGGAACAGCAGACGCAAUUUGGGAAAGCCCUCAACUCCACAGGGGUGCAUGGAGGCAGUGAAAGCAGCACUACGGGACUCUGCAGAUGAGUUUGAGCUGCGCUACACCCGUGCCUUCAGUGAUCUCUCCUCCCAGCUCCACAUCACCCCCGCCACAGCCUACCACAGUUUUGAAAGUGUGAUGGACGAGGUGUUCAGGGAUGGGGUUAACUGGGGUCGUGUGGUGGGCCUGUUUGCUUUCGGCGGGGCCCUAUGUGUUGAGUGUGUUGAGAAGGAUAUGAGCCUCCUAGUGGCACGUAUUGCAGACUGGAUGACCACCUACCUGGACGAACACAUCCAGCCCUGGAUCCAAAUUCAAGGAGGAUGGGAUCGUUUUGCUGACAUUUUUGGCAGAGAUGCAGCUGCAGACAUCCGACGUUCCCAAGAAAGCUUGAGGAAAUGGCUGCUAUUUGGGGUGAUGCUGCUUUCAGGAGUGCUGGUUGGCACUCUCCUCAUGAAGAAACGCCAGUAAAGUGGUAGUAUUCAAGCCACAUUUAGUUUACCCAAGCACAUAUAAACGCUAAAUCAACAAAAAUAGAACUUCAUAGUUUAUGUUUACAUAAGCCCAGUCUGCUAGUGCACUGACAGAAACCUGAUUAAUAGCCCUGGCUAAGACAGUUGUUGGGCAAUUAAUUUGUUGCUUGGUGAGCUGUCUCGCUACUCACCUCCUGUCCUGCGCUCUGUAACUUUAGUUUUUCCCUUUGAAAAGUGAUAUGUAAAAUAACAUUUUGACAUUAUUUUCUUACUAUUAUUAUAAUUAUUAUUAUUAUUAUUAUUAUUAUUAUUAUUAUUGCUUUUAUUUGUAUUAUUUACCUUGAAUAGAGGGUGUUGCAUUUCAGAUGGAAAAUGCGCAAUGGACCUGAUAAGCUAAGAGUGAAUGGGAGAACUACAGCUGGUGUGUUAGAUUUGUGUUACCCUUCAUACAGUAGGACCAACUACAGACAUAUGCCGAUUUACAUUGAAGAUUCCAAAUGGUUGUUUUUAUUUUAUUAGCUCUAAGAUGUUAACCUAACCUCUUUGUUUGAAAUUUUCUUUAAACAUUUUGUUCCUUUCUUGCUGUACUGGAGUUUCAGGCAUGCACUAAAUAAUAAAACAUAUUUAUGUUUUAA